AUGGCUGCGUGUAAGCGCCUGGUCCAAUUAGGUCCAAGUUUUGGAAUCUCAUUCACUAAAUUUCGAAGGUUUUCUUCUUCAGAGAAGCAAUUCGAUGGCUCUUCGAUGAUUUUUGGCAGUUCUUCGUCUUCGAAUUCAAGUUUUAAUCGAUUUGACUUUAGGCAGAUCUCUCAACUUGUCAAACCUAAUGGUUGUUCGCAUAACGAUCUUCUGCCAUCUAGUCCUGUGAGGAGGUUAGAAGCACAAGGUGUGCCUUCAAAGCAGGCAGAGGCAAUAACUGCUGCUAUUACUGAAGUUUUAAAUGAUAGCUUGGAAAAUGUGGCUCACUCUUUUGUUUCAAAAGCAGAAAUAUUGACAUGCUUCAUGAGUCAAACCUCUCCAAGUUUAAAACUGAAGUACAAAGUUCCCAGAGUACUUGUUUUAAAUGCUAUGAAAAACAAAAUGGAAAAAAUGUUGCAACUUCAAAAGAAAUAA